GUAAAGUGGAUAGUUAGAGUGGGGACAUGUACCAUAGACUAAAUUUUUCAGUGUUCUUAGUUUUUAUUAAUGUUUUUAAUUAUAUAUCUUCAAUUUUCAAUUAGGUCAAUGUAUAAGACAUUAUAAUUGAUAAUAAAAUCAUUUUACAGUUAUUUUAUGUGCACAUUCAUCCAUCCUGGGGACGGAAAUGGCACCGAUUUGGUGGAACUGCUCUAAGAUUUUUUUUAAAUAAUAAUAAAAUGUCCAUUACCAGCGCAGAGAUUCAUGAUGUCUCUGUUAGUGUAAUGUUUUGAUGGUAUCAUUUGGUUUAGGUCAUACUAGGGGACAGCACCAUGCAAAGCAACACCAUAGACACCUCCCAACAGUACUUUGAGGAAGAGGAGGAGGUGGAAGAAAUUCAAGAGCCACCGUAUGCCAAGACCAUCACUGUUUUCAGGUAGGGCGACACCCAUCACAUCAGCAGACRGACUCACUGUGACUAUUGGCUGCGUUUGUGUGUUUCCUGCGGAGAUCCUAAGAAGCAGAAACGGACCAUCACCGGCCUUUCGUGGCAUCCUGAUGGAGGCAGGAAGCUGGCUGCAGCCUACUCCUGGCAUGAGUUCAAGGAAUUCCCCGAAACCUUGAGCCCGCACUCGUACAUCUGGGAUGUCGAGAACCCAAACCACCCGGAGACAACUCUGAAACCAGCAUCUCAUCUCGUCUGCCCGGACUAUAACCCCAAAGACUCCCACACUCUUGUUGGCGGCAGCUACAAUGGGCAGAUCAGUGGGUUCAGCUCCACACUUGAUUGGGACACUAGGAAAGGCAGYCAGCCUGUGGAGUAUUCUUCUCUGAAGCACAGUCACAGAGGUCCGGUCCGCAAGAUCAUCUGGUUGCAGUCCAGGACCGGGGCCAAUGCGUUCUCUGCCUCCACUGACGGGCAGGUUUUGUGGUGGGACGUCCGUAAUCUGAGCGAGCCCAGGGAUCGUCUGGUUGUGUAUCCRAGCAAGAAGUGGAAUCUAGGCCAAGCUUUAGGUGCCAGCUCUCUGGAAUUUGAGGCCACUCUG